AUGUAUGAAAUGCUCAUGAUUGUUCCUAAGGCUUCCUCCUCUCCAGUCAGCUGCCAUGUUACAGGUUUCUAUCCUAACAGGGGUUUGAUGUUCUGGAGGAAAGAUGGAGAGGACAUCCAUGAAGGUGCAGAUCCUGGAGAGAUCCUCCCCAACAUUGAUGGGACUUUCCUGAUAAGUGUUGAUCUAAAGGUUUCAUCAGUCAAAUCUGAAGACUGGAGAAGAUACGAGUGUGUGUUUCAGUUCUCUGAUGGUGAGGACAGCAUAGUCACCAAACUGGACAAACCUGUGAUUAGAACCAACAGGGGCAAAAAUAGAACAAUAGAGACGCUCCCUGACAUGAUGAUCCCCGUCAUUGCCAUAGUGGUUGCUGCAGUGGUUGUUCUCAUCCUCGUGGCUGCUGUUGGAUUUGCUGUUUACAAAAAGAAGAAAGGGGGACAGGACGCUGGAGCCUAUUCCAUGAGUCAUAAUGCUACAAGAGGAAGUACUGAACAGACCAGUCUGUCACAGAGCUAA